GGUUUCUUGUGACGCAUGAGAAGGAGGCUGAUGAUUUUGUGCUCAAAACUGCGAUGUGAAACUAGCCUGAUGCUAAUAAUAUUAAGAUGGCAGAAGUUCAUUAGUUGAAAGAGAUCGCAGUAGUAAAAAUGGAUGAGGAUAUGCACAGAGAUGUUAAUUCUGAGAAAGGUGACUUCCCAUUUGGAUUUUACCAUGAGUUGAAGGGGCCAGCCCUGAAUAAUGGGAGUGCUGUUUUUUCCGAUAAGAACCUCAACGAACCGACAGAAUCAUUCAUCAUUGUAUUAAUACUUUGUUUGAUUUUGUUUAUCAUCACUGUCUUGUUAUUUUCAUGGCUGAGAACAAAGCUGAAGAGGAUAUAUACGCCAAGGCUUCUGCUGAUGCCCGAUCAACGCCUACCUCAAGGAAAAUUACCCAGCACUCUAUUUGCCUGGGUUACGCCUGCCAUGAUGAUCAACGAUGAUGAUAUAUUCAAUCAUCUUGGUCUCGAUGCUUUAAUCUAUCUCAGGUUCCUCAGACUUUUGCUUAAAGCUGCAAUAUUUACACUGCCAUACGGGAUUUUCAUUUUGAUUCCGCUGAAUGUAAACGGCGGGAUGAAAUUGAAAGAAGGCCUUGACAAGAUAUCAAUGUCAAACGUGAAAUUAGAGUCACCGAAGUUAUGGGCCCAUUUGCUUGCUGUUUGGAUAUAUUCGCUUGUAUUCCUGUAUAUUAUAAAGAAGGAAUGGGAAGUUUUUGUGCUGUAUAGGCAAAUAUACUUGACCAAAAGACGUGCAAAAGGGCAUGUGGUGUUGGUGCAAGAUAUUCCAAAGGAGAAUCAAGAAGAUAUGAAAUUUGAAAAUUUUGCUGCCUCCUUGUUCCCAAACCAGGUUUACAGUUCUUAUCUGGUCAAGAAUCUUAAGAGGUGGAAGAAUUUGAUUGAAAAGCACAACAACCUGGUUAGAAAACGAGAUCAUAUACAGGCUGUAGAAAUGCGAAAUCUAGAUAGUGAAACCCAGCUGGUAUCUCCAUUAAGGAGUAAGAUAGGUAUCAUUGAUCAAAAGCUUCAGGUUGUUCAAGAAUUGCUUCAUGAAGAGAAAGAUGCCCCACACAGUCCAGUCCCAUCAGGGUUUGUUGUUUUUAAAACCCCUGCUUCACAAGCAGUUGCUGCUCAGGUUAUUUGGGAUUUUCAAGCUGGGAGCUACAAAAUAUCACCUGCACCUGACGCAUUUGAAGUAUUGUGGGAGAAUCUAGCCCUGCCAGCUUGGAACAGAUCUAUUCGAAGAUUCCUGGCAUAUCUAAUGGUUGCUGGUCUAAUCAUACUUUGGGCUGUUCCGGUCACAUUCAUUGCCAGUUUGACAAAUUUACAGACUUUAGCAAAGAAGCUGAAAUUCCUAGAUUCGUUUGCUACCGACCUGUCAAUGGUUACUCAAGCAUUGCUCCAGGGCUUGGUACCUGUUGUAUUGACUGCCAUUUUCAACCUUCUCCUGCCAUAUAUUUUGGAAAGAAUUGGAAGGUUCAGUGGUAUCGUCUCCAAGUCUGGCACAAAUUUAUUUGUCUUCAGUUAUUUGACCCUUUUCCUUAUUUGCAACACCUUCUUCUUCUUUAUGCUUGCUGGGUCAUUCUUUUCAAAAAUUCAGCAAAUAAUGGAGGCUCCACAUAGAAUAACAGACGAAUUGGCCAUAUCGCUUCCAAGACAAGCUAACUUCUAUUUAUGUUACGUCAGCUUGAUGGCAUUUGUUGGUACUGGAUAUGAACUGACACGAAUCCCUACUUUGAUCAUGGUUCAACUCUAUCUUAAGUGCUGGGCAAAAUCAUCGAGGGAACGGCUAGAAGCGUGGAAGCCAGGAGACCCACCUUAUGCCAACUUGUUCGCAAAUGACGUCUUGAUAUUUCUCAUUGCAAUAACAUACUCCGUAAUUUCGCCUGUCAUUAUCCCCGCUGUUAUCGUCUACUUUGGGUACCGAUACAUUGUUUGGGUGAAUCAGUUACUUCAUGUUUAUAUGCAAGAGAUUGAUCUUGGUGGGCGUCUAUGGCCGCGCGUCUCUUCAAGUGUUGGCAUUGGUGUACUGGUCUUUCAGCUCAUGAUGAUUGGCGUCUUCACAUUUAAGCAGGCCUAUUGGAUCGUUGCCUGUGCAAGUCCCUUGCCUUUCAUAACGGUCGCCAGCUGGUCCUUUAUUCACAAAAGAUAUGAAAAAGUCAGCAAAUAUCUGUCAGUGAGUGAAGGCCGAACUGUUCGAGGUGCUAACCCCCAAUUUCUGCAGACCGUGUCAGAUAGCUACGUGCGCGACCGUACCUGUCCUGGAUUGUUUGAAUUAAGCAAGCCCCAACGUUUGGAAUAUGCUGAGGACGAUCCAGAAUACAUGCCAAUUGAAAACGAGAAUGCAAAUGGCCUUUGAACUGAGGCUGCUCAAUGCUACGCUGAAUUUAUGAUACUGUUUACUUUUGAAACUUUAACUAGGUCGUAGUAUCUUAAAAAAAAUCUAAUUAGUAAUUAAGUAUUUCGCUGCCAAUUUAAUUUAUUGCUAUCAUCACUGUAUCAUAAUUAAGGCAAUUGGAUGGUCCCACUAGAUAACUGAUUCAGCUCUCAAUUGACAUACGUUGGGGUCAUCUAAAAUAUUUCUAUAUCAUGCAAAAUAGCAAAAGUUUUGUUACCGCUUACCGGUAAUAAAAGGUAUAGGUUCACCCUGUACAGAAUUGGCUGUUGAUUAAAUAUAUAGUUUCAAAGAUAUAUGAAUAUAUUCGCUAAGCCAUGCUGCUCAGCUGAUUUUGAUAUCAGAAAAAUAAGAAUUUUCAGAUUUGGACAGAACAAAUGAGUUGAACAGUAGUACACAGUUCUUCUAGUACACCCAUUCGUAUUGGUACUAUCGCUUCACUGCAGUUUGCAUUCUAUGUUGUUAUAAGUUGUUAGUUCGAUUAUUGCUUGGUGUUUUUUGUUCGUAAAAUAUGGCACUGCAUGUAAAUAACAAUCUUACUCA